UUUAGGCGUGGCAAUUCUAUAAAAAUGGCGUCUUGUUCAUUAGUUCUAGAUGGUAGAGAAAUUGAACAAGAAAGCGAGGGAAUAGAGGAACAAGAAGAAGAAGUAGAAGAGGAAGAACAAUCAAGAGAAGUUCAAGAUAAUUCCGAGACUGUUUCAUCUGGAAAGAGUGAAGAGAGGUUAAAAAGGUUCAGGGAACUACGUUUAAGAAGAAAUGAAGCAAAGAAAUUGAAUCGCAAAGAAGUCGUUGAGGAAGACAGACGGAAUAAGUUACCAGCCAACUUUGAAAUACGUCGCCGUAAAGCAGAAUGGGAGGAACAGGAAGAGGAAUUUAAGAAAAAAGCUGAAGAAGCUGGUGAAGACUACAAACAACUCAAGUUACUUGAUGCCAGUGCUGAUGAACUGGACCGACUCCAACGAAAGCGUAAGAAGAAGAACCCUGACCCUGGCUUCUCAGAUUACAAAGAUGCUCAAUACAGACAGUACGAGAGGCUCAUCAAACAGGUUAAUCCUGAUCUUGAAUCGUACGAAAAGAAGAAACUAGAACUAGGAGAGGAGAUGUACCCCACUGCCAAUAGCUUAGGCUAUGGUGGACUGGGUGAAGUAUCUAAGGAAGGAAUGGACAGAAUGCUUAAAGACCUCGACAAACAAAUCGAAAAGAGGUCCAAGUUUAGUCGUCGGAGAGAGUUCAUGCAUGAUGCUGAUGUGGACUAUAUCAACGAGAGGAAUAGGGGCUUUAAUAGGAAAGCCGCUCGAUAUUAUGACAAAUACACAGCAGAAAUCAAAAACAACCUUGAAAGAGGAACAGCCAUAUAAUACUAAUAAUACCGUCCUUGUUCGUUCAUUAAUAAUAAUAAUUUUAAUUAU